UCUCUUCUUUUCCUUAUUUGUUAUAAAGUGUUAUAGCUAUUGAUUCUCAGAAGUCAAAAUUGGGUAGGCAUUUGUCUCAUAGGAGAGGAAAUAAGGAACUUUAUUUUUCUUGAUUGGAUAAGAAGGAAUUUUAUCAUUCUCCAUUCUAGUUAGGAAACCUGCUAGUCUGCUGUUGGGUUUUCAAAUGGUAUGCCCAACCGUAAUUAUGUUCAUCGAAUGAUAGAAUUUGGGAAAAGCAAUUAUCAUUCUCCAUAUUCUAGAUAGGAAACCCGCUAGUCUGCUGUUGGGUUUUCAAAUGGUAUGCCCUUCCAAUGAUAGAAUUUGGGCAAAACUCAUGGAGUGGCCUUGGCCACAAGUGCCUGGCUAGAUUAGCUAAAAAGAGCAGCAUAUUGCUUCAUCUUCUUGAAAAUUGGAAUUGCACGAUUAUCUGACAGAAAUGGAAACAUGUUUCCUGAGAACUUUGCAUUAACGUGGCUUGUGGCUCUUGCAUCUUGCUGUUUAGCUGAUUUUGUAGUUCAUAAUUCUGUACCAUUACUGCGCUUUGUCUUCAAUUGUGUUAUCUGCGAAAGUGAAGGAACUCAUUAAUUAGCAUAUCCAUAUGCAACUGUAUGUAUGUAUAUUUUGCCCAUUGUGCUUACACACAUGUCUUGUGUUCAUUCAUGAAACGUCAGAUCAAUCAAAAGUAGGGAGCAAAUCAAGUUCAUCAUCCAACCCCUCUACGGCCAAAACUGGCUCGACUCGGUCGUCUUGGACUUUACCGUCAUACAAAGAAAGUAGAGAGCUUCCUACUCCUAGGACAGAAGGAGAAAUCUUGUCAUCAUCAAAUUUGAAGGCAUUCUCAUUUGGUGAUCUCAAGGCUGCAUCUAGGAACUUCCGGUCAGACAGUCUUCUUGGGGAAGGAGGAUUUGGUUAUGUCUUCAAAGGCUGGAUUGAUGAACAAACUCUUGCCCCUUCAAAGCCAGGAAGUGGUAUGGUUGUAGCCAUCAAGAAGCUAAAACCAGAAGGUUUUCAGGGCCACAAGGAAUGGCUGACAGAGGUUGACUACCUUGGCCAACUGCACCACCAGAAUCUUGUCAAGCUCAUUGGUUAUUGCUCAGAUGGUGACAACCGACUCUUGGUGUACGAGUUCAUGCCUAAAGGAAGUUUGGAAAAUCAUCUGUUCAGACGAGGUGCGGAUCCUUUACCCUGGGGAAUAAGACUCAAAGUUGCAAUUGGGGCUGCUAGGGGUUUAUCAUUUCUGCAUGAUGCUGAGAACCAAGUCAUAUAUCGUGAUUUCAAGGCAUCUAACAUUCUGCUUGACUCGGAGUUCAAUGCCAAGCUUUCAGACUUUGGCUUGGCAAAAGCAGGUCCAACUGGGGAUAGAACCCAUGUUUCUACACAAGUCAUGGGCACACGAGGUUAUGCAGCUCCUGAAUAUGUUGCAACAGGCCGCCUCUCAGUGAAAGCCGAUGUCUACAGCUAUGGCGUGGUGCUGCUGGAGUUACUGACAGGACGGCGAGCGCUAGAUAAAUCGAAACUGGCAUCCGAGCAGAACCUCGUCGACUGGGCAAGACCCUACCUGCGCGACAAGCGCCGUCUGUACCGCGUCAUGGACUCUAAGCUGGGCGGACAAUACCCGAAGAAAGGCGCACACGCAGUCGCAAGCAUCGCCCUGCAGUGCAUCGGCAACGAUGCCAAGGCGCGGCCCGCAAUGUCCGAGGUCCUUGAGAAACUAGAGCAGCUGCAGGACCCCAAGUACCACGUCACAGCACCACAGGUGGACACAAAGCGGGCAUCUUCGUCAGGCUCUGUCCCCAGGUCGCCCAUGAAGGCGCAGCCCUCGCCACGACGCCUGUCGGGUUCGGGUUCCCCGUUGCCGGCGGUGGCAGGCUCCCCACUGCCAGCGUGUAGGACUGCGCAGGUGCAUUAGGUGCGCGCUUGAAGGAUGAAGUGCAGAGUUUGUGUUGUUGUAGCUGUUGGUUCCCUGUAGGUGUAUAUUUCGCUGUGUUGUUCCCGAUCAGCGUAGUUUUUUGUUUGUGAGGUAUAGUUUUUUGUUUGUGAGGUGUCGUGGAACCAGAUUGUUGUGAGAUGCUGAAUAGUGAGAAUUAACAUUCUGUGAUUCGAUUGAUGUUUAAAUGGUUUCUCAGUUUUGAGUGAA